AUGUCAGCCAAGCACUUCAUCCACGACCCCACGCACCUCGUCAACCGCGCGCUGCAAGGCGUGACGCACACGAACCCGGCGGUCGCGCUCGAUGCGGAGAACAAGGUCAUCUACGCGCGGCCCUCGCCCGCCACGGCGCGCAGCGUCUCGCUCGUGUCGGGCGGCGGCGCGGGCCACGAGCCCAGCUUCGCCGCCUUCGUCGGCCGCGGCAUGCUGGCCGCCGCCGUGUCCGGCACCAUCUUCGCCAGCCCGAACGCGGAGCAGAUCCGGCGGUGCAUAUUGAAGCGCGUGGAGAGGCAGAAGGGUGUGUUGGUCAUUGUGAUGAACUAUACGGGCGACGUCCUGAACUUCGGUAUGGCGGUCGAGAAGGCGCGCGCCAGCGGAACCGAGGCGGAAAUGGUCGUCGUCUCCGACGAUGUGGGCGUGGGCCGCCAACGCGGUGGCAAAGUGGGAAGGAGAGGCAUCGCCGGCACGGUGCUGGUGCAGAAGAUUGCCGGAGCGCUUGCCGCUAAGGGUGCCUCUUUGAAGGAAGUAACGGACGUGGCGCGCCUCGUCUGCAAGAACCUGGCCUCCAUCGGCGCAUCGCUCGCCCACGUGCACGUCCCCGGCCGCGUGGUGACCGGACCGACCGAUGAAGACCUCAAGGACUCGGAGGUGGAGAUUGGCAUGGGUAUACACAAUGAGGCUGGCUCGGAGCGCAAAGAGGUCGACUUCCCUUCGCUGGUCAAGAACAUGCUCUCGAAGCUGUUGGAUCCGACUGAUACCGACCGGAGCUUCAUCAGCAUCUCGGAGAAGGAUGAGACCGUGCUGCUCGUGAACAACCUGGGCGGUGUCAGCCCGCUCGAGAUGGGCGGCAUCACGGCCGAGGUUGUCGAGCAGUUGGAGGCGAAUUGGAAGAUCAAGCCGGUCAGGAUUCUUUCGGGCACUUUCAUGACCAGCCUCAACGGCCUCGGCUUCAGCGUCUCGCUCCUGAAAGUCACAGACACUGGUCUGGGCAGCGGAAACUCGAUACUUGAGCUUUUGGAUGAUCCUGCGGAAGCACCUGGCUGGUCUGCUGCAAUUCCCAAAAAGACUUGGGAGGAGAAGCCAACAGCGGUGCUCACCGAGGAAGGUAACGGUGAGGACGACUCCAAGCCGAGCAACCUGAAGUUGGAUUCGGCUGUGGCCAAGAAGGCGCUUGAGGCUGGCUUGAAACAAGUCAUUGCCGCCGAACCGGAUAUCACGAACUACGACACUAUCGUCGGCGACGGUGAUUGCGGCAUCGGACUCCGUCGCGGCGCUGAAGCCCUGCUCAACAUGCUGGAGACGACGAAGACACCUGACGACGCAGGACUCUUGCUGCAUGACAUCACGCACGUGGUUGAGAAAGAAAUGGACGGCACUUCCGGCGCAAUCUACGCCAUCUUCCUCAAUGCGUUGUCCCACGGCCUCCGCAUUCAGGCCGACGGAUCGUCAAAGCCGGUGACGCCCGAGAUAUGGGCGAAAGCACUGCAGACGUCUCUCGAUGCGCUUGCGAAAUACACUCCUGCCCGCCCUGGCGACCGGACUUUGGUCGACGCAUUGUAUCCGUUUGUAGAGACUCUCGGAAAGACUGGAGAUGUGAAAGCAGCGGCGAAGGCGGCAGAGGAUGGUGCGAACGGAACGAAGGGUAUGCACGCCUCUCUGGGGAGGUCAGUCUACAUCGGAGGAAGCGGAUACCAGCAAGUCCCGGAUCCUGGCGCCCAUGGCUUGAGUCAAUUCUUGACAGGCUUGAGCGACAGCCUAUAG